AUGCCGAACGCGGUCCCCGUGAACCUCGACGCGUUCGUCCUCGACGCGCUCAAGCGCGGCGGCGUCCUCGCGCGAGCGGUCGAGGUGCAUCACGACGCGAUCGUCGUUCAGCCGAACGCGUGCGCGAUCCCUGUCACGGUGCGCACGCGCGGGCCGCCCGCGUACAUGCGCGAGGAGGACGACGCCGCCGCCGCCGCCGCCGCCGCUUCCAGAAGUGCGACGGCGUUCCAGCACCUGGUCAUCAAGACCGUGGACCUGAACGUCGUGACGUUCAGGGACGACGCCGCGCGCGAUCGAACGCGCAGAUCGUUCGCGAACGAGUGCGCGUUUUAUCGCGACGCGCGCGGAAACGACUCGAGUCGCGCGCCGUGCGUGACGUACGAUCCCGCCGCGGACGGGUGGGCGAUCCCGAGCACGACGCUCGUCGAGGGCGACCAUCACGGCGACGCGUUCGUAAUCGUCAUGUCCGACGCGCACGGCGGCGACCGAAGCGCGGCGGGGGCGCGGCGUUUGGGCGAAGUUCACGAGACGCUCGUGCACGGCGACCUGAAAGCCGCGAACGUCAUCUUCCCGAUACACGCCGUCGACGCGUCCGACCCCGCGGCGGAGGGCGACCCCGAUCCCGAUCCGGUGGUGAUCGACUGGCAGUGGGUCGGGCCCGGCGCCGUCGCGCACGACCUGCUGUACUUUCUCGCGACGUCGCUGUCCAUGGACGCUCUGACGCGCGUGGACGAGCUCGUGGAGGCGUACCACGCGGAGUUGACGCGACGGCUGAGGGCGCGCGGGCAUCACGCCGCCGCGGACGCGUUCACGGCGACGGAUUUGAGAGAGGAUUUGGACGUGCACGCGGCGGAUUAUCUCAGGCGCGUUCUAGCUAUCGCGGAAGUGCUGGGCGUCUCGCUGCUGCUCGCGGACGUCGCGGGGGGGAUCAUACGCGACGUCGCGUCCGGGUCCUCCGGAGAAGAUUGUUUUACUUCUUUUGGCGGGAAAGGCGGCGAAAAGCGCGUGAAGGACAAGGCGGCAAACGGCGGGCAAACGGCGGUCAAAUCAUCAAACGGAUUCGCGACGGACCCGCAGACCGCGGCGGACCGUCGCUCGGAGCGGAUGAUCUGCGACGCGCUGCGUCGAAAGUUUGGCGACGCCGUCGUCGUGCUGGGCGAGGAAGCUCUCGAGGGCGCCCUCGACGAGAACCCCGGCGGCGACGGCGACGUCGUCGACGAGGCGAUCUCGAUGGAGGACCUCGACGUCGCCGCCGCGCAGGUGGCGGCGUGGGAGAUUCAGUUACCGACGACGAAUUCGUCGUCGUCCGGCGGCGGACAGGGCGGCGAGAUAACCGUGUGGGUCGACCCUCUGGACGGCACCAGGGAGUACGUCGAAGGACCGGAGCACCGCGGCGGCGUGACGUCGCUCAUCGGCAUCGCCGUCGACGGCGUCCCCGUCGCGGGCGUGAUCCACCAACCCUUCGUCGGCGGCGACCGUGGACGCACGCUGUGGGGCGGCGUCGGGUUCGGGGUGUGGUCGCACGCCCCGACGACGAAGAAGUUCGGCGGCGACGGCGGCGCGCUCGCCGCGACGCCCGUGCAUCCGCCCGCGCGCGCGCCCGACGCGUCGGCGUUCAAGCUCACCGUCGCGACGACGCGGUCGCACGCGGGCCCCGCGAUCGAGCGCGCGAUCGAGCGUCUGAAACCCGACGCGGUCGUCCGCGUCGGCGGCGCGGGGGGUAAGAUCGCGCUGAUGCUCGACGGCUGCGUCGACGCGUGGGUGUUCCCGAAGCCGGGGACGAAGCGGUGGGACACGUGCGCGGGGGAGGCGCUGCUGCGGGCGCUGCAGACGCCGGGCGGGGUGGGGCGCGGGGGGUGGCUGGUGGACGCGAAGCGCGGGAACGCGUACGCGUACGGCGGGGAAGAGAGAGGCGCGCCGGGGAACGUCGACGGCGUCGUGGCGGCGGCGGACGGCGCGCUGUUCGGGACGGUGGCGAGGGCGCUCGGGUGGUAG